AAGCGUCCAACUAAACUUCGAAGAAAUGCGAAAUUAGCUCCGCUGAAAGUGGCCGUUAUAGUAGGCGAUCGCAUAAACCGAACUGAGAAUCGUCGCGCAAGGUCGGACUAAAGAUGCUGGUGUUUGCUACACAUCGCUGGAUGGCACUUGCCGUUACUUUUCUUUUCAUCGGAUCCUGUCAUGGAAUUCUAAAGCGACUUUGCGAUAUCACGAGUGAUCAGGCUCGCCAAAUGGUGAUUCGUUGCGCAAGGCAAAAUCUAGCGGAUGAUAUUAGAAGGACCUUUGAGCUACGAUUCCCUGAACUCGGCACAACGGAAAUGGAUCCCGUGAACCGCAUCUGUGAGGAGUUUUCUAGGGACCCCAAUUACAAGUUGACCUUCGCUAAUGCUCAACGGGUGGUCAGCGUCAUUUCAUCACACGGGAUGUUGUGUCAACACGUGUAGACGAGGAUGAAGACAUCCGUAGCAUAGAAAAUACCAUCUCGACAUGUAUAACGGAGGAAAGUGGCAGAUUCAGCAGCUAAUGUAAUAACUCGAUCGCCUUCUCCGCGGAGUGCUUUGGCAACAGACGAAACAUUGAAGAAUCUCUGCGUAUUGAAUAAAUAAAACCGAAACGAAGUCAUACAUAAAAGCCACAAGUGAUUAGAGAGCGCACGAACACAUGAAAGGCACAAAAAUCUCACGACAAUAAACAGAUAUUCCAAAAAAUGCAGGGUCCACAGGGUCCUUUUAUUGUUUGAAUAGCGCUUCGUCGACCUCUAUAGCGUAUUAGA